AUGAGGGAAAAUGAGUUUUUGCCACGACGCAGAAGCGCACCGGAUGAUACCUGGGAGCUUCACGUCCAGUCCGAAGCGUUCGACAGGGAGGGCGCCGCGUACGCCAGCGGCCCCUCGUCCGAAGACAGCGACUCGGACCACUACUCCUCCAGUGUUUCUUCCCUCCAGUCCUCUCCCUACGAUGUCUCCCAUCUCGAGGCCCACCUCUAUUACUUUGGCAUCCGGGGUCCCAGAUGCCUGGGUCCCAAGCUGAUCUUCCGAACGUCCAAGGACAUUUUCACAGCGCCCUCGGGGCCAGAGCAAGACGCUCGUCGCAUGGAGCAUCUUCCAGUCUACGAGCACGAGCACGACAAGCUCGGCAAGAAUAAUCUAUGGGACACCAUUCGUUCCAAGAUUGUCGAACUCCUCGGCGAGCGCGACAUCCAGCUUUCAUCCGUCGACCUUGCUCGUUUCCGCUGGGUCGAGGAUGUCGAGGAAGACGUGGACGCCGAGGAGGACGAGGAAGACGGGGAGAAGGACGACGACGGGAAGGCCGAGGACGUCGAGGAUGAGGAUUUCGAGGUCCCCCCGUACGGGAAACUCGUCACCACUCCCAUCACGAUUUGGGUGGGCGUCUUGCCCGGCUCUCUCACCGGUGAAGUCGCAUAUCACUCCUCCAAGGACAUCCUCGCUCUCCUCAAGGAGCACGGCAUCACCGACAUUGAAGUUGCCUACCGUGAGUCGGUGGCUAGGGGCUCCGCCGGUCCCGAGCUGUUCGCCCCCGUCUUGGAUCUCGACCCCCUGAAGGCCGUCAUCGAUCCCGUGACUAAUGCACUCGGCCUGCCUAUCGCUGGCCUCAAGACCCUCAAGAGCCAGGGGACGAUGGGCUUUUACUUCAAGGUGGGUGACGAACUUUACGCCGUCACGGCCCGCCACGUCCUCUUCCCCGAGGAGGAGGGCAAUAAUGAAUAUCGCUACAUCACCUCCCAGCCCAAGAAGCAGGUCGUCCUCAUGGGCACCAGAGCUUUCACCAACUUCCUCGAAUCCAUCAAGGGCCAUAUUGGCACCAUGAACAACACGGCCGACGUCCUAGAGAAGCGGGUUACGCUGCACAGGACGAGGGCGGAGGGCGGUGGCCCUGACGCUGAGCAGGCAGCACGCGAUCUGGACGAGACCCAAGGCCAGCUGAUCAAGACGCGAGAGGCGAUUGCGGAGCUCAAGAAGUUCUUCGUGAAGGUAAAGAAGGAGUGGUCGACGACGAAGGACCGGAUCAUCGGCCACGUCGUCUGGGCACCUCCCAUCAGCGUCGCUACCCCACCCCACAGCUACACCCAAGACGUCUGCGUCGUCAAGCUCGACAAGAAGAAGUUUUCGAAGAACUUUAAGGGGAACGUGCUCGACUUGGGGCCCGAAAUCGAGGCCGGCAAGUUCGUUAGCUUAAUGUACCCUCGAGUCGAUGUGCCGUCCGAGUUCAACUAUCCGGCCGACCGCCUCCUCAAGCUCCGAGGCAUCCUCUCUGCCGAGGAGAUUGGCAAGCCCAAUGGCAAGGACCGCAAGGGCAACCCUGUUCGAUACGUUAUCAAACGUGGCCUCACCACGCUCACCACCAUUGGCCGUCUCAGCGGAUUCGAGUCCCAUGUCCGCCGUUACUUCGGCGUGGGCACCCGCAACUCGGUCGAGGGUGCCGUCUUCCCCUAUGACAACGACUCCGGUCCGUUCUCAAGGGGCGGGGAUUCCGGUUCUGGUAUCGUCACCGGCGACGGCAAGUUCGUUCUCAUCCUCACCGGGGGAACAGGACCGACCGACUCUCCCGACAUAACGUUUGGUACGCCAGUCCACUGGCUCUGGGAUGUCAUAAAGGCCGCGUUCCCCGGUGCAGUUCUCUACUGGGACGACGGCAACUAGGCAUUGGCGAGACGUCUC